AUCAACAUGGUUGAGCUUGUGGGUUCCCUCCGAAAGGAGUUGGCCGAUUCACUCUCAAAGUCCAAAGUGUUGGUGGUGGGAGCGGGAGGUAUCGGCUGUGAGCUGCUCAAGAACCUCGUCCUCACUGGCUUCCAAAACAUCGAAGUGAUUGACCUGGACACAAUUGAUGUCAGCAAUUUGAAUCGCCAGUUCCUCUUUCAGAAGAAGCAUGUUGGCAAAUCUAAAGCGCAGGUGGCCAAGGAGAGUGCUCUGCAGUUUUGCCCCUCUGCAAAUAUCAUUGCCUACCAUGACAGCAUCACGAAUCCUGACUACGAUGUGGCGUUCUUCAAAAAUUUUAACUUGGUGAUGAACGCUCUCGAUAACCGAGCUGCCCGCAACCACGUGAACAGGAUGUGCUUGGCAGCCGACAUUCCUCUCAUUGAAAGCGGCACAGCGGGAUACCUCGGACAGGUCACCGUAAUCAAGAAGGGAAUGACGGAAUGCUACGAGUGUCAACCUAAACCUGCUCAGAAGACCUUCCCAGGAUGCACUAUAAGAAAUACACCAUCUGAACCCAUUCACUGCAUCGUCUGGGCUAAGUAUCUCUUCAAUCAGCUAUUUGGAGAGGAGGAUGCUGAUCAAGAUGUGUCACCUGACACAGCAGAUCCCGAGGCUUCAUGGAACCCUGAAGAAACAGCCGCUCGUGCUACAGCUGCAGAAAAGGACGGAGAUGUCAACCGAGUCUCUACCAAGCAGUGGGCCCGCAGCAACAAAUACGAUGCGAUCAAACUUUUCAACAAGCUUUUCAAAGAUGAUAUCAUGUACCUGUUAACUAUGGACAAGCUGUGGAAAAAGAGGAAAGCUCCUACACCACUGGAUUGGCAGCAACUGGAGAAAACUGGAUGUCCUCAAGAGGAAUCCUCAGGUUCAGGUUUAAAAGAUCAGCAGGUUCUUGGUGUUUGGGGCUACUGCAAGCUAUUCCAGGAAAGUGUGGAUACCCUCCACUUACUGUUAAAUGACAAAGGAGAUGGCGCAGAGCUCGUUUGGGAUAAGGACGAUCCUGCUGCCAUGGACUUUGUUACUGCAGCAGCCAAUCUCCGAAUGUACAUCUUCAGCAUGAACAUGAAAAGUCGCUUUGAUGUCAAGUCGAUGGCAGGUAAUAUAAUCCCAGCUAUUGCAACCACCAAUGCUGUCAUCGCUGGUCUCAUUGUUCUGGAGGGGCUUAAGAUUCUGGCAGGCGAGCUGGAAUCCUGCCGCACGAUCUUCCUGAACAAGUGUCCAAACCUCAGGAAGAAGCUACUAGUUCCAUGUAUUCUGGACCCACCCGUGGCCAACUGUUACGUGUGUGCCACCAAGCCUGAAGCCACCGUCAAAGUCAAUGUCCACAAAACAACGGUCCUCUCGCUGCAGGACAAGAUCCUAAAGGAGCGGUUUGGCAUGGUAGCACCAGAUGUUCAGAUAGAAGAUGGAAAAGGGACAAUCCUCAUCUCUUCAGAGGAAGGAGAGACUGAAGCGAACAACUGCAAGUUUCUUUCUGACUUUGCGAUCCGUAAUGGCAGUCGACUGCAAGCUGACGACUUCCUCCAAGACUACACACUCCUUAUAAAUGUGCUGCACACUGAAAAUCUUGAGAGGGAUGUAGAAUUUGAGGUCGUCGGUGAAGCUCCAGACAAGGCACCCCCACCACAAAACAACCAGGAAGAGGUUAACAGCAUCACUAAUGGCAACAAAGACUCUGCCCAGCCUUCUACCUCCUCCAAAGUCCCGGCAGAUGACGACGACAUUAUGAUUGUGGACUCUGACAAUGAGGCCGAGGCACCGUCCAGCUCGGCGGCAGUCACAAGCAGCACCAAGAGGAAGUAUCCAGAUGGAGACCCUGGCGAGGCCUCCAUCAAACGCCCACGGACAGAUCAGUCAAGUGCAGCUACUGCCCACGAUAACAAUGGCGACGACGACGAUGAUGACAUCAUUGCUCUGGACUGA